AUGCGUUCGUUGUGUAGUCGUAUACUGGAAUCUGAUUUGCACUCAAAGAUUAUGUUUGACGAGAACACCAGCAAUCAUCGAAAUGGAUCAAGGAUAUUUGGGCCUCAAUUCUUAGCAUCCAACUUAUACCAACUAUGUCCACCCGAGGACUUGACCCUAGCAAUGUCACUGUUGAGACCUACUCGCAUUUAUGGUGAUGAAGAACUGAUGCGUGAGAAUACAAGACUCACAAAAGACAAAUAUGGAACUGUGGCCAAAGUCUAUAUAGUGUGUGAGCAAGACAACGAGUUAAAGCAAGAUUUUCAACUGUCAAUGAUUGAACGAAACCCUCAUAAUGAAGUCAAAGAGAUUGUUGGUGCUGAUCACAUGCCCAUGUUCUCUAAACCGCAAGAGCUUUUCUCUUACCUUCAUGAGAUCGCCAACACCUAUUACUAG